GUCGCUUUACUGCAGAAGAGCUUACAUCACUGUGAUACAACUAUUUUUAUUUAAAUAUGUUUAAAGUCAUUAGAGAUAAAUGUAUCAGAUACAAAGCCAAAAAUUAUUUAAAAUUACAUAGAAAUGAAAGAUUAUUUUCGACAAGCAAGGAACUGGUCACUUCAGCUGACGUAGUCGUUAUUGGGGGUGGAAUUGCUGGGUGUAAUACACUAUACCAACUAACAAAGAGAGGUGUAAAUGCGGUAUUACUGGAAAGGAAUAAGUUAACCAGUGGAACGACAUGGCAUACAGCGGGUUUAGUAUGGUCGCUUCGACCAAGCGACUUGGAGGUUAGGUUACUACAAGAUUCUAGAGAAGUAUACAAUUCAUUAGAGAAAGAGACCGGAGAUCACGCGGGAUGGAUAAACAAUGGUGGAAUGUUUAUAUCUCGGAGUCGGGUGCGUACGGAAGAAUAUCUAAGGUUACAUACUUUAGGAAAAUCAAUGGGCAUACCAAGUGAAAUAUUAGAUCCAAAUGAGGCCCAGAAACUGUUUCCACUGUUAGACCCAUCUGUUUUCAAAAUGGCUUUAUACUCACCACUAGACGGAACCAUAGAUCCAGCAAUGGUUUGCAAUGCUCUUGUUAAAGUUGCAUCCAAAAACGGAGGGAAGAUAUACGAAGAUUGUCCCGUUAUCGAUGUCCAUUAUGCCCAUAAUUUGCUUGGAAGUAAAGAAGUGACUGGCGUUCAUACUGAAAAAGGUUUUAUUAAAACAAAAUGUGUGGUGAAUUGCGGAGGUGUAUGGGGCCCGCGUAUAGCAAGAUUUGCCGGUGUACCUUCUUUACCAAUAGUACCAUUUAAACAUGCUUACGUUGUUUCCGAUGGCAUACCAGAAAUCCGCGGUUGUCCAAAUGUUAGAGACCAUGAUGUUAACCUUUAUUUCAAGAUACAGGGCGAAAGUUGUAACAUUGGGGGAUACGAAAAAAAUCCUAUUUUGCUUGAUCAGGUUCCAGAACACCAACAUUUCCAUCUUUAUGAAUUAGAUUGGGAUGUGUUUAGUGUACACAUGAAUAGUGCUACUUCACUAUGUCCCAAGUUAGGAAAAAUUGGUAUUAAAAGUACAGUAUGUGGCCCGGAAUCUUUCACACCCGACCAUAAACCAUUGCUCGGGGAAGAUUCUAAUGUCUUUGGACUCUACCACAACUGCGGGUAUAACUCGGCUGGAAUGAUGUUUUCUGCCGGUACAGCCAUACAACUAGCAGAAUGGAUCAUCAGUGGAAGGCCACACUACAACAUGUUUUCCUUCGACGUAUGCCGUUUUACGCCCGGCCAAUUAUCUCGUGCUCAUUGGGUGCGGGAGAGCAGUCACGAGUCAUAUGUCCGCAACUAUAGUAUAGUGUUCCCUAACGAUGAACCCCUCGCCGGCCGAGACGCCAGCCAUGAUGCUUUGCACCAAGAACUGAUAGAUGACGGAGCGGUGAUGCAAGCGCGUGCUGGCUGGGAACGACCUGGUUUCUUUAUGCCUGGCGAAAAGAUCCGAGUUCAACAAUACGAUUGGGGCGGUGUCAACGAAUAUCCUAGGAAUUUAGAUCAGCGAUACGAAGACAUUCUUAAAGGAGAUUACACGUUUGGCUUUUCGAAACAUCAUGACAUAAUAGGUUCAGAGGCUUUGGCUUGUAGAAAUGCAGCUGCAUUAUUCAACAUGUCCUAUUAUGGAAAAUUUUAUUUGACGGGACCCGACGCCCAAAGAACCGCUGAACUUGCCUUCACAGCUGAUCUAUCAAGAAAAGCCGAAAGAUUAGUCUACACCCUACUCCUGAAUGAAAAAGGCGGCGUAGAGGCGGACUUAACAGUUAGUAUUCUUGACGGAGGCAGCGGUGCAUUACAUGAGCCUAUAUUUAAAGGUCGCGGAUACUACGUUGUGACGAGUGGUUUCAGCGCAAACCACACAGCAUCAAUUCUUCGCCGAAUCAUACAUAAAAACAAACUUAGAGCAAAUUUGACAGACGUCAGCAAACAGCUUUGUAUUUUAGGUAUACAAGGCCCGGACAGCCAGCGCAUUCUGCAACGAUACACUGACGCUGGUCUUUCAAACGACGCUUUCCCCUUACAUACGCACCGAAGUAUUAAAGUGUCGAAUGCGCCUAAUUCUCCAGACAAUAAGGCUUAUACUUGUCGAGCUCUGCGUGUGUCUUGGGCCGGUGAGCUAGGCUGGGAACUUCACAUUCCGUCCUCCCACGCCGUGCAAGUCUAUAAGGCUUUGAGGAAGGCGAAGGGUUUGAAGAACGCUGGGUGGAGGGCGUUGACAUCUCUUAGCGCGGAAAAAGGUUUUCAUUUAUGGAACGUUGAUUUGAGGACUGAUGACAACCCAAUAGAAUCGAAUAUGGGGUUCACCUGUCGUAAAGAUGGCGAGUACAUUGGCAACGAAUUUGUCACUAAAGCUAAAAAGAAUGGAGUGACCAAGAAAUACGCUUUCCUAACCCUCGAUGAUAAGGUGGCAUUAUUCGGUCAAGAAGCCAUAUUUAGAAAUGGUGAACCCGUCGGUUAUGUGCGGAGGGGAGAUUAUGGGUUCUUCAUUGAUAAAUCCAUUGGAAUUGGUUACAUAACUAACAAAGGCGCAGUGGUCACGAAAGAGUACUUAAAAGAAGGCAAUUACGAAAUUGAGGUUAUGGGGAAGAAGUAUAAAGCAAAUCUUCAUUUAAAAUCGCCUUUUGAUCCGACCGGUCAAAGGCUUCUCGGAAAUUAUGGAGAAUUAGGCAUGGAUGAAAAUACGCACGAACCACACGCUGGCCAAAAUGAGAGAGCAGGUGGUAGUGAAUAGUGAUCUCAGUUUAAAUAAAUAUUUAGCUUAUAA